ACAGCUCCUAGUAAAUGCGAGUGGGAAGUCUGGCAGUGAGCUGGAAAGCCCAGACAGGAUAUAUUUAACCGAUAGCUGUUUAGAUUCUCCUCACUGACAUCUCGUAUGAAGCAUUUUCCCUCCUGUUACAGCCACAGAGACCGCAGUGAUGGAAGACGAGCAGAGGCAGAAAAAGCUGGAGGCCGGCAAAGCAAAGUUGGCUGAGUACCGCCAGAGAAAAGCUCACGCGGACUCCCAGAAGAAACAGAAAAAGAAGAAGAAAAAGAAGCCAGGGGAGGACUCGGAGGGCGAUUCGAAAGAAAGGGUGGACGUCCAGCCUGAUCAGCCUGUGGGAGGAGAGGAGGUCUCUGUCGGAGGAAGAGAUGGAUCACAAGGAGGAAAUAAAGACCCACCCACCACAGAGUUCACCUUCGCAAGGACGCUACGGAGCGGAGAGACAGUCAAGCAUGAUCAGACCUACACCAUAGAGCCAGAGAGUGAAGUGUCCACUACUGCUGAAGAUUAUUCCUCUGAGGUAAAUGGGUGCCAUGAGAUGACAGAGACCCUAAUGAUGUCUUCGAAGGAUUUUAUCUGGGAGGAGGUGGAGCCUCUUAAACAGGUGACAAAGGGAGGCACAAUGCAGGAUAUGGAGGAUGCGCUAGCUGCAAAGACGCAAGCAGUGGAGGAGCUAAGUCGAGAGCUUGAGGAAAUCAGGGCUGCUUUCGGCACAGAGGGAGUACAGCAGCUGCAAGACUUUGAGGCUGCUCUAAAGCAACGAGACGGCAUCAUCACCCAGCUCACAGCUAAUCUUCAGCAGGCUCGUAAAGAGAAAGAUGAGAUCAUGAAAGAAUUCCUGGAGCUGACAGAGCAAAGUCAGAAACUACAAAUUCAGUUCCAGCAGCUGCAGGCAGGCGAGACGUUAAGGAACACCAGUCACAGCAGCACAGCAUCUGAUCUUCUACAGGCCAGGCAGCAGCUUAUGCAGUACCAACAGCUGCAGGAGGAAAUGAACAAUGAGGUCAGAAAGAACCAGGAGAGGAGCAGUGAGCAGCUGGAGCACAUCAACCAGAUCCAGCACAAGCUCAGUGAGAUGGAGAUGUCUGGGAAAAAAUCAGAGGAAUCAUUUACCCAAAGGAUAAACGAGAAGGACCUGCUGAUUACUGAACAAGAAAAAGUUAUUUUGAGUCAGAAGCAGUCCCUGACAGAACUGAGAACAACAGAGGCGUCUUUUGCACAAACACUGAAAGAGAAAAAUCAGAUAAUUUCAGAGCAAACUGCAAUAAUCACAGAACACGAGCGGUCAUUGACCCUGUUCAGAGAUGAACUCGCUCAUGUGGGAAAGACUACAGAUGAGAAUAUUAUAGAACAGCCAGAUGACAAAAACCUGAUUGUAGUGGAGCUGGAGAGAGCCAUUUCAGAACGCAACAGCUCUAUAACCCAGCUUGAGGAUGAGUUACAGUCCUCUGAAAAACGGCUGCAUGACCUCCAGCAGCGAGUGGCUGCAAAAGAAUUCGAGCUUGAAAGAUGCCUGGAUGAGUUGGAAAGCACUAAGAGUAACUUGGAAAGCUGUAAAAGUGAAAUGGAGAGUUGUAAAUUAGAACUGGAGAAAGGCCGGACAGAGUUAGAAAGCUGCAAAGAUGAACUCGCAACCUCCCGACAGAAGGAGCGAAUGUCAUCCAAUGAAAUCAUGCAGCUCAUGGGCACAGUAGAGGACCUGCAGAAGCGCUAUCACCAGGGCAGCCUGUCUGAGAGUGACACCAUACAAAAAAUGCAGGAAGACACUGUGAGGAAGCUUGAAGUUCUCAGGGCAGAGCUGGAUGAGAUGUACGGCCAGCAAAUAGUCCAAAUGAAGCACGAGCUUAAUUUGCAUCAUGCCUCGAAAGUGGAGCAAAUGACUGAGCAACAUCGUGCUGAGCUUGAGCUUUUUAAAGCACAAAGCUCCACUGUUAGUGCUGCUGAGGUGGACACUCUCAAUGCUAAGAUUAGACAGCUUCAAGGGACAUUAGAGCAAUCCCAAGCAAUGCACAAUGAAGCCAGACACAAGCUAACUCAAGCCACCCAAGAAAAGGUCAACCUACAGACGAAGGUUGAGGAUCUUGUGCAAGAUCUCCGUUCUGCUAAAGAAAAAGUGGAGCUGGUCUCCAACAGUCUUAUCUCUCAGGAAAGCCAACAAGGUGAACUACAGUGCCUUCAGGAGACCAUUGACAGUCUGAAGUGCCAACUGGCUGCUGGUCAGGAAGCUGCACUAGAGGAAGAGACAAAACACGAAUCAGAAGUAACCAAUUACAAGAUCAAGUUGGAGAUGCUAGAGAGGGAGAAGGAUGCUGUGCUUGACCGCAUGGCGGAGUCACAGGAAGCAGAGCUGGAACGACUGAGGACUCAGCUUCUGUUUAGCCACGAGGAAGAGCUCACACAUCUUAGAGAGGAACUGCAGAGGGAGAGUUUCCUAAACACAGAAAACCUUCUCAAUGAAGCUGCUGUCAAACAUGAGAGAGCUUUUGAUGAGCGACGCAUUCAUUAUGAAGAGGAGCUGCACUUGUUACGAAAAGAGAAGUCAAGUUUUGACACAGAGCGAGAUGAUUUUUUGCACCAAAUUCUUGGCCUGAAAGAAGAUCUAAAGCUAGCUUUGCAAAGCUCGAAAGCGGAUGAGCUUGUCCAGCAGCUUCAAGAACUUCAGGUGGAGCUUGAGGAACUGAGAAGGCGAGGAGAACAACGGGCUGGAAUGGAAAACGAAAUACAGACAUUACUAAAAAAGACAGAGGUGCUUGAAAACCAGGCAAUAGAGAAAGAACAAAGUUGGGAGAAAAAAUGGAAAGAUCAGGAACGAGAAAAGGAGAUGCUGAAAGAAUCUAAUAACACUUUGAAAGAGGAGUUGGAUUCAAAAAUUAUGAAAAUCGAGACACUCACAGCAGAGAAAAAUCAAAUAAAGCAACAAGUGGCUGAGCUUAGUGAGGAAAUUGAAAAGCAGAGGACUACGUUCUCUUUUGCUGAAAAGAAUUUCGAAGUAAACUAUCAGGAGCUGAAGGAGGAAUACACGUGUCUCAUUGAGGCAAAGACACGGUUAGAGGAAAGGACAUUGAAGGAGACACUUGAGUUUGAGGCGAAACUUGCCAGCCUUCAGUCACAGAUUCAGGAGCUGGAGGAGAGCAGCAGAGAUAUCAAAAUGGAGGAAAUGCAUACAGAUAGUAAAGCUGUGGUAGAAAAAGAUACUACUGAGCUAAUGGAGAAGCUUAAUGUUACAUUGAGUGAGAAAGAAAGCCUGGCUGGGAGGCUUUGUGAAGUUACAGAGCAACUGAUGGUUACAGAGAGCAAAGUGGGACGGCUGGAAGAAGACGUAAUGAGAGUAAGACAAGAAAACACGAAGGUCAUCGCCCAGAAUGAAAGCCUGGGGAAAGAACUGAAAAAGAAGGAAGAGAUUAUAAGAAAGCAGACGAGAGGGCAGGAUGCCCAGAGAAAAGCUAAGCUCGAGCAAGGAGAGCAAGCUGUUGAGUCAGUUGCCUCAGUUUGUUCUUUUGAGGAUCAUCACCUUCAGAUUCAAUCUCUGCAAGGGGAAAUACAGGCUCUUCAGUCCCUCUUAAAGGCAGCCGAAACUGAGAGAGACAGCAUCCAGCAGACUGUGGAGCUCCAAAGGCUUUCGCACACUCCAUCUCCAGCAGCAGCAGUCCAGUCCUCAGGGGAGGUACCUGUUGAAGGACGAUCCUCCCCGCACAAGUCCACAGCCUCAGGGUCAAGUAGGCGCAAGAGACGACAGAGGUCGAAGCAGGAGCACAAAUUGGGCACCGCUCUCCCAGACAGCAAAGAAGAAAGACAGAGGGAGGAGGAAGAGGAGGCAGCGGUGGAGGAAGAGAGAGCUACAAGUGCCGCAGAGCAGGAGAUGCAGCCUCAGAUGGAGAGACAGGUUAUGUCAUGUUCACAAGAGAGGGCCGGUAAGGAGGACUCCACUGACGAGUACCAGGGAGACGAAGCGAGAGACGACAUCAACAAGCAGGUGAGCAGACAUGGGACGGGCCGCCACACGGAGCCUGUCGUGUGUGGGGGAGCAGAAGAAGAGGGAGCCACUACUGAGCAUGGUGAGUGCAGGCUGCAGAUGGAGGCGCAGCGCAUCAGCCUGUCUCAGAUCCACGCUGCCCAGCUGGAGCUUCUGCAGGAGGAGACAGACACUUGCGCACACACUCUUGAAUUGAAACAGCAGAACGUGAAAGAUCACUGUGACCAGGAUGAGCCAAAAAUCUCCAGAUACCAGAACAUGUUACAAGCUGUGUCACAAGAAUGCAGUGCAAUCAUUCAGUCUUUUCGAAAGAUAUUUGGUGAGGAGUUUUUGGAGCAUCUUGAUGUGGAUGUCCGACCGCCCACUUCAGUGGAAAGACCAGAAACUAGUGAAACCACCUCCACUGUACUGGAGGCCAAAGUGCUCUACAGAGAUCUUCAGCAGAUGAAGGAGAAGAUUGAACAGGAACAUCAUAGACUGUCACAGCUCCAGGAUGUGCUGAGAGCUGAUGGGAACAAGAUGAUCGAAUUGCAGACAGCAUUUGAUGAACUGAGGAGCAGCAGUGAGAAGGAGAUCUCUGAGCUGCGUGUGCAGGUUGCCAGCUUAAGUCUCUCAAGCAAAGAUCCAGAGAAGCGGGGCGCUGCACCGUCUACCUCCCCUUCCAAGGAAUUACAGAUGCUGAGGGCCGAGGCGCAGGAGAAGCAGCUACAGCUAGAAGAGAGUCACAGACAAGAAAUCGAGCAUCUCAGAGCCCACUACCAGCAGCAGGCCACAGAAACCGAGGAACGAUACGCUACUGAGCUAUUCAUGCUGCAGCAGCGACUGCAGGAGGUCACAGACAUUCAGACCCACUACAGCCUGGCCAGUGUUCCAGAGUCCAGCACAGAGAAGAAUGAGGAGCUCAGCGAGGAACUAAAGGAUCUCGAUGUGGAGGAGUUGUCAGAGGGAGGUGUUGAGUUGAACUGGCCCCCCAGGUCUUCAGGCCUGACAGCACAGCUGCAGGUACUGAGGAAAGCGCUCUACCACAAGUAUGUCCAAGAAGUAGCUGCUCUCAAAGAGCAGCACAGCAGCGAGCUGAGGAGACUGAGAGAAGAAAAGGAACAGGAGAGGAAAAGAGAGGAUCGUGGGGAAGAGAAAGAGACUGGUAUCAACGGAGCUGGAAGCUCCUUUGACAGCUCCGACGUUACUGGGCAGUUUGUGUUGGAAGAGAAACAGCACUGGGAGAGGGUGGAGGAGGAAGUUGCCAAGGCCAUAGUUCAGAUGUCAGUGGAGUUUGCGCAGCAGACUGAGCUGGCUCGACUCAACAAGCGUGCUGGCCAGACAAACACCUCCAUGCAGACCAGGUCAGAUGAAGAGGAGGUGGAGGAGAGGAAGAACGAGGAGCAGACUCCCAGAGUUUCUCCCACCAUGGGCGCCUGGCUGAAGGAGGUUGAGAGGGAGCGACUGGAGAGGGAGCUGGAGGAGAGGAAUGCAGAGAUCCAAAAGCUAAAGGAGAAGCUGCUGAAAAAUGAAUCAGGACCUGAGCGGGCCUUAAAGAAGAGAGAAGACGGCCAAGAAAAAGAUGAGGAUGAGGAAGAUCGAAGGGGGGCGGGAAUAAAGCAGACUGGUGUACACAGAUUGUCAGCGAAGGAUGAUGAAGAUUCAUCUGAUAAGGACACUGAAAGAAACCUCUUGCGUAUGGCCAACGAGAAGCUUAGUCAAGUGCUGGUUGACGUCCUGAAGACUACGGCAGCAGCGGAGGAAACCAUUGGCCUCCACAUGCAGAGUCUGCGUGACGCGUGCAGUGGAGGUCAGCAGGCUGCUCCGCCCCCCUCCACCACACAGAGAGAAACAUGGCAACCUGUCAGAUCUUAUACUGCAGGUCACUCUGCAGAAAGUUGCCAGGGCAGCGAGACUGGUGCAGAUGAUGUAAGCACGUGGUCAGGGGAGACGGAUGCUGACGAGGGCCUGGAGGUGUCCCAGCAGCUGAUGGACAGCCUGCUGCAAGGGGCAGGGACACAGUUAGAGAACGAGGAAUAUCUGAUGGGCAUCAGCAGACGACUCCAGACGGCUUUGGAGAAGAUGUUGAUGGCUAUCACCGACACCACCAACAAGCUCGAACAUGCCCGGAUGACCCACACUGAGCUGAUGCGGGAGUCCUUCCGCCACAAUCAGGAGAUGACUGAGCUGCUGCAGAAGCAGGAGGAGCUGCAGGAGAGGUUGUCUGAGGAGGCAAGGGCACGCGAGCAGCUGGCUCUGGAACUCCACCGAGCUGAGGGUCUGAUUGACGGCUACACUGGCGAACGGGCAGCACUAGAGGAGCAGUUGCGUCAGAAGGAAGAGCUCCAGCUGAGCCUAGAGCAAGAGCUGCAGGUUACAGGUAGCCGGCUGCACGAGUUGGAGCAGGAGAGGCUUCAGAUGCAGGAGGAGCGUGAGCUGCUGUCAAGGCAACAGGACGCCAUGAGGGAGCAUGCUGGGCCCCGUGAGCUUCGCCUAGUUGAAGCUGCAAUGGUUGCAGCACCUGAAGCAGACCUGCUGGAGGAGACGGAGAAACUGAUGAAAGAGAAGGUGGAGGUCCAGCGUCAGGCGGAGAAGGAGAACGCCGACCUCCUGAAGCAGGUGAAACUGCUGGAGGCGGAGCUGGAGGAGCAGGUCAACAGGGUGAUCGAGCUGGAGCACGCUCAGAGGACGGAGAACGGAGACCUCCAGCAGCAGAUUCAAGCUCUGGAGAAACAGCUGGAUAAGAACAGGAGGUUCCUUGAUGAACAAGCUGUGGACCGAGAACACGAGAGGGAUUUCUUCCAGCAGGAGAUCCAGAAACUGGAGGAGCAGCUGAAGAAUCCACAGAAGUUUCAGGCUGUCUCUGAGCAAAAAAACAAAGAGGUGGACCAGCUGACCUCCCAGCUGAAAGAGAAGGCGGAUUGGUGCAGUGAGCUGCUGCUCAGCUCAGAGCAGCUGCGUCGUGAGUUGGGAGAGCGCGACGAAGAGAUUGACAAGCUGGAGAGCCGCAUCCGCGAACUGGAGCAGGCCCUGCUGGCCAGUGCUGAGUCCCUGGAGAAGGUUGAACAAAAGAAGCAGAAUGAAUCCAUCACCGAGGCAAAACACUCCACACUGGAGGCUCAGUUACAAACAGAGCGAGAAGCUUUGGAGCGGAAAGAGAAGGAGAUCUGUAACCUGGAGGAGCAACUGGAGCAGUUCAGAGAGGAGCUGGAGAACAAGAGUGAGGAGGUGCAGCAGCUUCACAUGCAGCUGGAGAUCCAGAGGAAGGAGAUCAGCAGCCAGCAGCAAUACCUAGAAACAAGGGAUAGCAUGCUCCAGGAAAUUGAUGAGCGGGAUGAGCUUAUAAAAGACCAUGAGUCCCAGGUGGAGUGCCUGCGGAGCGAACAAGAGCGCUUAAAGAGGAAUAACGAGGAGGAACUCGACCAGCUGAAUGCUGUCAUAGACAAACUUCAGCAAGAACUGGCCAAUAUUGAGCAGAAACAGACUACAGAGGAAGAUGAGGACACCCAGGCUGAGCCAGAGAGUGGAGUGUGGGGGCCGAGUAAAGAGGAAUACGAUGAGAUGAAGCAGAGAAUGGACAUGGCUGCCAAAGAGCUUGAUACACUCAAAACAGAGCACAGUAAGCUGUUGGAGACAUACAUGCACUUGAAGGAAAGUGCACAAGCUUUAGCCCAAACAGAAAAACUGGAGAGCCCAGAGGAUGAGCUCGAAGAAGCUCUUAGGGAGAAAACUGCUGGCCUUGUUGUCAUGCAGGCCCAAGUACAAGCUCUAGAGCAAAGUGCAACAUCCAGAGUGGAAGAGCUAGGUCUCCGCAUCCGGGAUCUUGAGAACUUGGUGGGUGAAAAGGACUCUGAGUUAAGCCGCUGUCGCCUCGUUGUGGAGCAAGCUCGGAGCGAUGCAGAUCGUCUCCAACAGAAGGUCUCUAAUCUGGAGGAAAAUCUGAGGGAGAAAAUGGCUACAGUGCUCGUCAGUCAAGCCACACUGGAGGCUUUCCAGCAGCAGCAGCAGCAGCAGCAAUCCGGGAUAUCCAAAGAGCACCAGGCGCUGCAGAGACAUGUGGAGCCACAAGCACAUGACUUAGGUGACUUUGGUAUUCCCCAAAUGGAUUUCAGUGGGCUAGCUCAACUGAAACAAGUUCCUACAGGGAAGGUGGUUCAUCUGACCCAGAAGCUUCAUGAGCUGGAGGUGGGUCUCAGUGGGAUGCAGAAAGACCAGGAGCUCCAGAAGCAGCUGCUGUCCAGCUCUGAGGAGGAGGUGCUGGAGUACGAGAGGAGGCUGUCGGUACUCAUGGAUCUGCUCAAUCAGAUGAAGGCCAGGACACACCAGAAGACAUCACCAGCUGUGAAGGCCCACUCUGCUGCUGACCAACCAACAGAGUCGGAGCUUCUUCAGGAAUUGCAGGAAGUCAGAGACGAGGCGGCGGCCACCAAAGAGCAGCUCAACAACUACAAGGAGGGCUGCAGCAAAUUACAGGAAGAGCUCACGGAAAAAACUGAAACACUAGAGAGACUCCAGGACCAGCUUCAAAGGGAAUCAUCUGGAGGUGAUGAAGAGGCAAAGGUAUCCAAGCUUCAAAGGGAACUCACAUCAGCUCAAAAUGAAGCUAGUGCUACCAAAGAAGAGCUGAACAGCUGCAAGGAGGGUCUAGAGAAGCUACAGGAGCUGCUGCAGGAGCGAGAAAUGACCAUCGCUCACCUUAAAGGAGAACUUUUCCAAGUAAAAGCUGAUCAGGACAGAGCCAACAUGACGGAGCUACUCAAAGAGCUCCAGGAGGUCAGAAACGAUGCGGAUUCCAGCAAAGAAGAACUCAACAGUUACAGGCAGAAUAAUGAGAAACUUCAGGAGGACAUCCAAGUCCGCGAAGUUUCUAUUUCUAAACUCAAAGAGGACCUCCAGGAGGUCAAAAAGAAUGUGGGUACCACCAAAGAAGAACUGAACGGCUUCAGGCAGCAUAACGAGAAACUACAGGAGGAACUCAAUGUCCGUGAACUCUCCAUUUCAAAGCUCAAAGAGGAGCUCCAGGAGGUACGAGCAGCCCUGAUGAAGACAGCAGACUCCUCUCCUCAAUCUCCGUCUCCAUCUCUGUCUCCUCAGCCUGUUUCCUCUACUUCUUCCUCCUCCACCGCCCAGCCCAAAAGGAAAGGAGGCAAACAGCCAGCUGGUAAGGGAAGCAGUGCCAAAGAUAAACCAUCUCUCUCAAGGAAAAACUCCAACGCCACUUCCAGCCAGUCCUCCAACAAAUCUCACAGCACUCGGCUUAACAGCAGCUCCGAGCAGCAACAUGUGGCUGUGACGGACUCAUUCACACAGACCGAAGCUCUCCAAAUGGCUGACAGCGAGUCUCCUUCAGCUGACAACAAAGAGGAGAUGGAGGAGGUGAUUGGAGAGUUCCAGGAGAAGAUUGUACAAAUGCAGGAGCUCCAUGCAGCAGAAAUCUUGGACAUGGAGGCCCGGCAUAUUUCAGAGAGCGACACCCUGCGCAGGGACACACAGGCUCUGGAGGACGAGUGUAAAGCCCUAAAGGCUGUCAUUGAGAAGCUGCGCUUGACUGAGGUCCCCUCAUCAAGACAAGACCGUCCUGCAUCACAGUUCAAAGAUGGCUACACCAGUGACAGCAGCUCAGACUACAGCCAGCGGACCGGAUAUGACCUCCCGAGUUUGCAUCAGGAGUUCAGGACAACUCCAGAGGGCGCCAGGAGAGAGACUGAUGAUCCACUACCUGAUCGAAUCAAGACGUUGCUCCGUGAGGUGCACCAGGAGGGCAUGCAGGUUCUCUCUCUGUCAGAGUUUCCUCUUCCUGAAGGCGAGCCAAGCAGCCAGUUCAACGUCCAAGGCUGGGUGAAGGAAAGAGAUGCCUUGCUGGCAACAAUUGCAUCUCUCAAAGACCUCAUCACCCAGAUUCAGACACACAGGGGAACACAGACUUCAGGCAAUGCAGACUGGCAUGGGCAGCUCCUCGAUGCAGUGCAGAAGGUAUUUAUGAGGGAGCGCAGCGUGCUGAAGAAUGCCCUCUAUAGCCAGUUAGACCUGCUAGACACCAGUGACGCCAUCAUCCACCUCAAUCAGCUGGAGCGCAGACUGGCUGAACAGGAUGCCCAGCACAGAGAGGCGAUGGGUUCUCUCCACUUUGCAGACAGGUCCAGUCUCAUGUCUGAGAUUCAUCAACUGCGUGGUCAACUGGAGCAACUUCAUCAAGGUGCCCAGUCUGCCGUGUCACUGGCUGGUGAGCGUAGCGUGAAGGAGCAGAGGGAGGGUGGAGGAGCUGAUGGAGCAGCAGAGGCAGACAGGCUCCUGGUGGAGGAGCUGAAGGCUGAACUGUCCCAAACUAAACUGGAGCUGGAGACAACGCUCAAGUCUCAGCACAAACACCUCAAAGAGCUGGACACACUCAGGGCAGAGGUAUCGCAGAAGGCUGCACAGGUGGAUGCACUGAAUGACCAGCUGUCAGAGGAGAGAAAGAAAAGCCGGGAUCUUCAGUGGGCCAUGGAGAAGGAAAAGUGUAGAACUGAAAGGAACCAGGACAGUAAGCGAGAAGAAGUGGAGGACCUGCACCUCACUCUGGAGGAACAGAAAAGAUGCGUGAGCCAGCUGACCUCGGCCUUGGAGCUGGAACGCCAGACCUCUUUUCAGUUUUCCCAGCAGGCUGAGCAGGAAGCCCUGAGCUUUAACAGACGCCUCCAAGAGCUCCAGGUCCAGUUGGAGACGGAGCGUGCAAAGGCCCAGGAGAUGAGCACUACCUUGGGGAGGGAGAGGGAGCUGCGGAGAAGGGUCUCCUCAGACAGUGGUCCCUCUAAUGAGCAGCGAGAAGAGGAGGACCAGAGGGGACUCAUGGAGGAAGGGAACCUUCUGGAAAGACUUCAAAGAGAGCUGGAUGACAAGCAUGCACAGGUGGUGCAUCUCCUCAGUCAGGUGGAGGCCCAGAAGCUUGAGGUGGUAAGAAAAGAGGAGGAGCUGACUUUGACGGGUCAGAGUUCAAGACGAGACCAAGAGGCACUGCUGGAGACUCGUGCCAAGCUGGAGAACCUGGAAGCACAAAUGUCAGAAACCCAGGAGCAGCUGGAGAGAGAACUGGAGAGGAGGAAGAGCCUAGAGGAGGAGAAGGAGAGGCUGGAGGAGAAGUUGGCCCGACUAGGAGAGCACAGAGAAGGAGAGAGUGAAGGGAGUGGACUUGUGCAGGGUGACGGCCGAAAUCAGGCCGUGUGUCAGAGUGAGUCCACCAACCGCACUAAAGACUGGGUGUUCCAGCAGAAGAGUUCCAGCUCCGGCACGUCUCCCCACCCAGAGGUCAGUUCGACAGGUCACGGCAGCGGACUGCACCAUGGUCCUUGGCGCACAGUCGACAAGAUCCUCGGCAAACUCCACCUUGUUUCCUCAAAGAUCCGCAGCAUGGCCAGCAAGAAUACUGGCAGGCUGACUGCAGAGAUCGACAGUGAAGAGUUAUCAUUGGUCCAGUCCACUGUUGAUGAGGUCAUCACUUUACUGCAACAGUCCCCAGGUCUACCCUCUGUCCCUGAGAGCACGUCCUUGCUGGCAGGAGGCUCCUCCAGCUCCUCCAACUCCCUGACGGAGCGGCUGCUCAGGCAGAAUGUCGAGCUGACAGGUUUUGUCAGCCGCCUGACAGAAGAGAAGAAUGACUUGAGAAACCACACACUCCGCCUGGAAGAGGAGCUGCGACGCUACCGACAGGCUGGACUGGGAUCAGGCGAUGGCUCCAGCAGCAGGCGAGGAGUGUCAAAAUUGGACUCGGCAGGGAUGCUGGUCUCUCAGGAGCGAGAGGCUUGGACUCGAGAGAAGGUCCGAAUGGAGAAAGCCUUACACCUUGCCCAGGCCCAGGUGGCCCGACUCAGGGGGGAGAUCAGGACCGACACCCUUCAAGAGAUAACUGGACCUGAGGCUGACAAUGCUGCACUGAAGAGGAUGUAUGGGAAGUACCUAAGGUCAGAAAGUUUCCGAAAAGCACUGAUCUACCAGAAGAAGUAUCUGCUGUUGCUGUUGGGAGGCUUCCAGGAGUGUGAGGAAGCUACACUGUCGCUCCUCUCCAGGAUGGGCAGCCGGCCGUCACUCUCCAGCUUGGAGUCCCUCAGCCAGCGCCGGCGGGGUCUGAUGCGCUUCCGCUCUGCCGUCCGAGUCUCUAUCGCCCUCUCCAGGAUGCGUUUCCUUGUGAAGCGUUGGCACAAGGCAACAGGGAUGAGCUCCACAAUCUCCUGCAGUGUCAACAAGAAUGGAGGAGGACAGACAUUAGGUACGGACGUGAGAGAAUCACCUUAUCUUCACCCAGGCAACGUGGACAUGUACAGGGAACGAGGAGGUGUAGGAGUAGGAGGAGGAGGAGGAGGAGGAGGAGGAGGAGGAGUCUCUAGCAGCAGGGGGCGAAGUGGACGUGAAUCACCAAGAUCGGCUGUCUCCUCCACACAACACAGGUUUCACAUGGCAGGAGACCAUGGCGCGCUCACAUGUUCCCACCUCCAAAGCUACGACCCUGACCGAGCGCUCACUGACUACAUCUCUAGACUGGAGGCUCUGCAGAGGAGGCUGGGGAGCGUGACAUCAGGUGCUUCUUCAUAUGCUCAAUUGCACUUUGGCUUGAGAAGAUAGAUGCUGAAAAGUGACUUUGGCUUGAAGAAACUCAGUUGCCUUUUCUCGUGCUGAGCGCUCUGCUGUUUUCUAUCGUUCUGGUGUGGACUGUAUCUUUCCAUGUGGACCAAAACACAUUUUUUUAUUAGUGUACGACAUGUUGUAUUCGGGCUUUUUGUCGCCAGCACUUGAAAAACAGCUAUGUUUGUAAUUUAAUCUGCCUCUUUGUUGUGGAUGAUCUACAAUCAUGUAUAUUUGUCUAAUGCUAAUUUAAAACCUUGUGAUUAAUUUAUAUGUUUAUGUUGUAUGGGUGGAGCGUUAUGUAAAGAAUGUUUGGGUUUAUCGUUAAGGAGGCUGCUACUGGAUAUUCUACACUACACUGUGUUUUGUUUAGGCCAGACAGACUACAGAGGACAUUUGUAGAGAACGUAUUUUUGUAAAGCAUUAGGAGCUUUGAAUUUUCUGGGUAUUUUGUCAAAAACUGAA